CUCCUAGGACGAGCAAUGGGAAGAGCACAGUGAUCAACGCCAUGCUCUGGGACAAAGUGCUGCCUUCUGGGAUAGGUCACACCACCAACUGCUUCCUGCGGGUGGGGGGCACAGAUGGUCACGAUGCCUUCCUCCUCACAGAGGGCUCAGAGGAGAAGAAGAGUGUCAAGACUGUGAACCAGCUGGCCCAUGCCCUGCACCAGGACGAGCAGCUGCACGCUGGCAGCCUUGUAAGUGUGAUGUGGCCCAACUCCAAGUGCCCGCUUCUGAAAGACGAUCUGGUGCUGAUGGACAGACCCCUGGAGAAGCAGUUCUUCCACAAGGUGAGCGAGCGCCUCUCCCGCCCCAACAUCUUCAUCCUCAACAACCGCUGGGACGCAUCUGCCUCGGAGCCCGAGUACAUGGAGGAGGUGCGGCGGCAGCACAUGGAACGCUGCACCAGCUUCCUGGUGGAUGAGCUGGGUGUGGUUGAUCGAGCCCAGGCCGGGGACCGAAUCUUCUUUGUGUCUGCCAAGGAAGUUCUCAAUGCCAGGAUCCAGAAAGCUCAGGGCAUGCCAGAAGGAGGGGGCGCUCUCGCUGAAGGCUUUCAAGUGAGGAUGUUUGAGUUUCAGAAUUUUGAGAGGAGAUUUGAGGAAUGCAUCUCCCAGUCUGCAGUGAAGACCAAGUUUGAGCAGCACACGGUCCGGGCCAAGCAGAUUGCAGAGGCCGUUCGCUUCAUCAUGGACUCUUUACACAUCGCAGCUCAGGAGCAGCGGUAAG